AAAUUGAGUGUGGAAUACGAAAUGAUAAAUUACAUGUAACUUAAACCUUUAAUAACCAGACCCUACCACAACAAGCACAUCCACCACAAGUAGUACGACCACAUCCACUACCUCUUCUACUGUGUCGUCCACAACUAGUUCAACAACCAGCAGCACAACAAGUUCUACCACUUCAACAACAUCUUCUACAACAUCUUCAACCACAUCAAGCACUACAUCUUCCACAUCUUCGACAACGACGACACCAGCGCCAACUACCACUACAGCGUCCCUAACAACCACAGAGAAACCUUCAAACACUCUUCUAAUAGUGGCGAUUGCCAUAGGAGCUCUUGUACUUGUCCUCCUCUCGGCCAUUAUGAUUGGAUAUUGCAUCUAUAAACGUUGUCGAAGGACACCUGUUCUUAAAGUCAAGUCACCAACGCCUGAACCUGACCUUAUCAUCGAAGCGAUGCCACAUAAGCUAAUUGGUUACUCAGUUGCCGCAUCAGAAAUAGGACCAACCGAAACAGCCAUAACAGACGACAAUAGACCGACAACAACCUUUCAUCCGACAACCAGUUUUCAAACCUUUCACGAUAAGAAAGCUAACUGGAAAUUCACCAUGUCGAGGUCCAAAUCUGUCCUCACUCACGGAUCUGUUAGGGAACCAACAUCACACGAACGUGCUGGACCAGUUAUACACAGUGGACCUAGUCGAGAUAUGGACCAAGGAGUUUCUUUAUUCGGAAAACCUGUUCGAAGUCCUACUUCGCUAGAAUUUAUCUCAAGUAAAAUUUCACGUAUUUCUCACUGUGGAAUAGGCUCAUCAGCUGAAUAUGUGAGAUAUCGCACAUUUCCUGGGGAUGAGACAAUAAAGUCACAGGAAGAACACGCAAUGCGUAAGGAAAACAUAUCUCCACUUAAAACAAUCAGUGUAUCAAGUAUAGAAAGCUAUAAUAACGCAAUUGUGGAUAAAAGUAACAACACACAUGCGGCCGAAGAUCUGGAAAAAUUUCAAACUCGAAAUAAAACUCUUGGAAUUUCUACAUAUAUGUCUUCUUCAGCAGCUUCACUAAAGACUGAAAUAAAUUUACGAAAAACAAAUUCAAACUCAGGAUACAAGGAUGUCAAAACAUUGCUGGCAGGCAAGAGGAGUUCAACAAAAGAAACAAAUAGUGUUUUUAUAGAUCUUCACAAAAAAGAUGUUACCGAGCUCAUCGCUCAAGCAAAGGAUCCGACCGUUUCUACAACUGAAGAGAAAGCCAUCUCGAAGACAUCGAGAUCUGAAGAAGACUUUAUGUUAACAUAUACACCGGAUUGCGUACUGUCAGGAAGGACAACUGUUAACGACGUGACUCUUCCCGAUAUCCCAUCUCCUGUCGGCAUGCAUAACACGGAGGGUCGGGUUGUCGGGCCUCCACAGUUCGCGUCUUCCCCAACUGUACCGUAUUAAUGUGUAUACUCAGAAUUGUUGUU